AUGGGAUCUUAAGACCAAAUAAUAAGUUUCUUAUGGGUUAGGCUAAAACAAGGAUUUAUUAGGCACGACAUGAAAAUGGCUCGACCUGGCAUGAAUCUGUUAAAGCCUAACUUGAUAUCAAAGAUAUAGAAGUACGUGUCUUUCAAAAAGUAAAAAUAAUAUAAAAGUACGUGUUAACUUGCUUUUUAGCUCGUUUAUUUUGACUAAUAAAAAAACAACAAAACAAAACAAAAAAAACAAAAUACUCUGUAUCAUCAUGCGUAAGCUCCAUAUAUGUAAGGUCGGCAAGAGCUUAAUUAUGACACGACUAAUUCUUAAACCAUUUGAAUCACAACCCACUAAAAAAAAAGAGAGACGCUGACACAACAAAUGGGCCUAUAUGUACAGCCCAUGCCCACCUUCAUUAUUUUAUACCGAAUGUAUACUUGGAGGACCUCCACAAAAGAGCCGCCAUUUUUCUCUUCCACAUCUCUUGAUCUCUUCCUCAACAGUCAACAUUCACAAAACUGCUCACCGAGUUUCAGCCACAAUCUCAGAAGCCCCAAUCUUCCAGGAUUCAAUUUCUGCUAACUCUUCAGGUGAUCGAGCUCAGAUAAGUACAAACGUGAAAAAGCACAUCUAAUCCUUCAAUCAAGAAAGGAGAGCGAGGUUGUUGAUGCAAAUUAUUGAAUUCCUAAUUAAACUCUUGACUUGAAUCAAACAUCCUAAUGAAAGCUAAGCACGAUUCAUCUCUUCGGCCUUGGGGAGCAAUACCUCACUGAAUGUGAUAUUGACUGAAUCCACAAACUGCAAGUCUGCAAGUAUAGCAAAAUCAUCGCCAUAUUCUCUAUGGCCUUGUCACAAGACCUAGAGGCACGAGAACAAGAGCAAAGAGCAACAUGCCAAUGUCAUACUGCUGCUUAUCUAUGAAUUUCUGCACUAAUACGCUUAGUUGUACUAGUAAAAUGCACUUAUAGUGAAUAUAGUAGCUUAAAUGCAUCAAGGGUGAUACAUCAUACGUGCAUGGAGAUUAAUCACCAAUACAAAGUAAAAACGCAUCUAAUGAACAAGGGUGAUACCUCAUCUUCGCGGACACUAAUUAAUAAUUGUUCUCAUAAGAUUGUACGUAGUAUAUGUUAUGGUUUAUCUAAAUGAAUAAUCACUUUUAGCAAUAUUUUAGAUCGACUGAUCGAGUUUAUGAAUAAGAUAAUUCGAGCGGGAUCCGAUACACCAUUCGACUUUUGGCUUUAGCGCAUUAAUGUAAAUCAAAUUUUCAUCCCUCCCCACCCUAAUUACUCCAAGCUGCCUGAUCUCUAAUUUCAAGUCCGUCAACACUCAACAACUACAUACUAACAUACAAGUAUACACCAUAUACACCGUACUCCAAUUUUGUUCCAACUUUUGCGCUUCUCACUAGAUUUCCCUGCGCUUUCAAAUCACCAAUACCAGCUCAGAAACCGUCGAAAUCUCAGGUGCUGUUGUACAUUCUGAAAAUGAUGCACCAACGACAGGGAGACCUUUGACGGCUAAGCCACUUUAUAGCUGUUAUAUUUUUUUUCUCCUGAAGAUCACUUAUAAAUUACAAAGAUGGCAGACAGCCACCAUCAUCAUCACCGGCCACACCGCCUAUCAGUCCCGUCACGUCCUGCUGCGCUCACAGGCGUGCGCAACCCUACUCCCUAUCCUUUAACCCCGACUCCCACUCCGUCUAAAACCCGACUGUCUCAAUCUACCAGUGGCAUUAGCAACAAAUCUUCAAUCUCAUCCCUAUUUCUGGUCCUUUUCUCCCUACGAUCUCUCUAUCCCCUCCUUCCUUUCCUCCGCUCAUCCCCUUCGUUCUCUCUAUUCCCAUUCUCCUUCCUUGUCUCUCUGCUCUCCUUCCUCCUCACUCUCAUCUUCUCCCUCUACUCCAAACACCCUCGCAUUCCACUUUUUUCUCUCUCCUCCCUUUCCCAAUCCCAAGUUAGGCAUCUUCUCUUCAAGUCCCUUAUCUUGGCUAUUGUCUUCCUCCUCCGAUUCCAAGCCCUCCGUUAUUGUGGGACUGCAGCCCUGAUAUUGGCUGAAUUGUCUGGAAAUAUUGCCUUCCGAUUCUGGAAGGUUCAGGACUGGGAUCGAGAUAGACACUCAUGGGUUCGUGGAUUCUUUGCCUUAUUUACUGGUCUAUUCCUUUUAUCUGUCAGUUGGGAUCGGAUGGAUUGUUUCCCUCUUUCUUAUAGUAAUCUUGAUAAAAUUCGAAGUUCAUUUAUGGUGGUUGUUGGUGGUAAUUGUCUGAGAAUUGUGCCUAUGCUACUCCCUUUCUUAUCUGGGUUUUUGGGGUGUUAUGAGAGGGAUUUGAUGAACUGGGGUCCUAUUAGGCAGUUGGGUCGAAAGCGGGUUCAAUUGAUUUCGUUGUUCUUCACCACUUCGAUGCUUUUUUUUCCUGCCAUCAUUAAUAUGCUGGUUUUUGAAGCAGAGGGUGGAACUGUUUCUGUUGUGAAUCUGGGUUGGUUGCUGGCAAACACAGUUUUGUUUGGUGUCCUCUUGAAUGAGUGGAAUAAUGAUGAGAAGUGGGUGAAUCCUAGAGACUCUGAAAAGGAAUUUUUCAUCAACUUUGUGAGUACACUUGUUUUGGAGCUUGUUUACUUUCCAGAGCUCUCACUUUGGGGAUUGUUGAUCUGUGGAUCAUUGCUUUGGGUAGCCAUUCAGCAGUUGAACUGGAACCAUGCUAGAUAUGUGGAAUUGGGAGCUGAAUCUUCAGAAACAUUCUCUUCAAUGGUAAUGAGGCCCAUUCGCCACGUAUUGAGUGAACGUAAAUCUCGCAAAAUUGCACUUUUCCUUAUGAUCAACACUGGCUAUAUGGUGGUAGAAUUUGUUGCUGGCUUCAUGAGCAAUAGUCUUGGAUUGAUAUCUGAUGCUUGUCAUAUGUUGUUUGAUUGUGCUGCACUGGCUAUUGGGCUUUAUGCUAGUUAUAUCUCUCGUUUGCCAGCCAAUAGCCAGUUUAACUAUGGCCGUGGUAGGUUUGAGGUACUUUCAGGGUAUGUUAAUGCAGUACUUUUGGUUUUGGUUGGAGCUCUCAUAGUGUUGGAAUCAUUGGAAAGAAUUCUGGAUCCUCAAGAGAUUUCAACUAAUAGUUUACUGGUUGUUUCUGUUGGAGGGCUACUUGUUAAUGUUGUUGGUUUAAUCUUCUUUCACGAGGAGCAUCAUCAUGCCCAUGGAGGGUCUUGCUCUCAUUCACACUCCCACUCCCACUCCCACUCUCAUACGAGUCAUAUCCAACUUGACCAUGACCAUGUUACUGAGGUUAGGCAUCAGCAUGACCAUGUUCUCUCUCAUGAGGACCAUGAUCACAGUCAUAGUCAUGGCCUCCAUAUUCACUCUCAUGGACACAAUGAUCACACUCAUUGCCAUGGUCAUGCACACCAUGACCAUGAUCAUAGUCAUGCACAACACGAUCAUGAUCAUCAUGAACACCAUGACCAUGAUCACAGUCAUGCACACCAUGACCAUGAUCACAGUCAUGCACACCAUGACCAUGAUCACAGUCAUGCACACCAUGACCACAGUCAUAGUCAUGACCACUCUUGUGGACACCAUGAUCUACAUCAUGAACAGGGUCAUCAUAUCCACCCUCAUCACGAUGAUAAUGAUGUAUGCAAGAGCAUCACCAAGCUUCCUGGAGCGGACUCAUGCAGUCAUAGUCAUCAUCUAGACUUAAAGACUGAUUCCUCCCAAAAUAAGAAGCACCAUCACCAACAUAUCGACCACAACAUGGAAGGCAUCUUCUUACAUGUUCUGGCAGACACUCUGGGGAGUGUUGGAGUUGUGAUCUCAACCCUGUUAAUCAAAUACAAGGGAUGGCUUGUUGCAGAUCCAGCUUGCUCCAUAUUCAUAUCCGUCUUAAUUGUAUCAUCUGUAAUACCAUUAUUGAGGAACUCUGCUGAAAUUUUGUUGCAGAGGGUUCCUCGAGCUCACGAACAGGAUCUUAAAGCUGCUGUAAAUGAUGUUAUGAAGAUUAAAGGGGUUUCAGGCAUCCAGAAUCUGCAUGUCUGGAGCUUGACUAACACAGAUGUCAUUGGCACUUUACAUCUUCGCGUUUCUUCAGAAAUUGACAAAGCUGCAACAAAAGCUCAUGUCAUGCACACACUUCAGGAUGCUGGGGUUAAGGAUCUGACGCUUCAGGUAGAAAGUCUCAAGAGUUUGUAGUUGUUAUCUGUAAAUAGAAUAGAAAUAGACUAGCACAUUGGUCAUAGCUCUGAUUCGAUCAUACUUUGUUAUAUUUAUAGCAAAUUUUGAAUUUCGAUACAAAUGAGAUAGUUAAUUAUGGAUCUAAGUUUUAUGUAAAGUGACUGAAGAAUUUGGAAAACUCAGGUCAAUUCUGACUCCAACUUGGAUUCUUGUCAUUUUUGGUUCAAAAUGUUUCACUUUGUAGUAUUGUAUGGGAUUGAUUGAAGUUGCCCAAAAACGAGUACUCAGUAUUUGUUGAACAUCUAGGGCAAAGAUUUGAAGGGGUCUAUAGUUCAAUGAUUACUCAAUGUAAUGGUUGGCUGGAUUUUUGCACA